AUGUCGACGACAGUGGACAAGAUCAAAGAGGUCGAGGCCGAAAUGGCCCGUACCCAGAAGAACAAGGCGACCUCGUACCAUCUGGGACAGCUGAAGGCCAAGCUCGCAAAGCUCAAGAGGGAACUGCUUGAGCCCAGCGGUGGCGGAGGAGGAGCAGGCGUUGGGUUCGAUGUCGCCAGAACUGGUGUUGCUAGUGUUGGUUUCAUUGGUUUCCCCUCGGUGGGAAAGAGUACGCUCAUGAGCAGAUUGACGGGUCAACACUCUGAGGCCGCUGCAUACGAAUUCACAACCCUCACAACCGUCCCCGGCCAGGUCAUGUACAACGGUGCGAAGAUCCAGAUCCUCGAUCUUCCCGGUAUUAUCCAGGGUGCCAAGGACGGAAAGGGUCGUGGUCGCCAGGUUAUUGCGGUCGCGAAGACCUGCCAUUUGAUCUUCAUUGUGCUGGACGUCAACAAGCCUCUGACCGACAAGCGCGUUAUCGAGAACGAAUUGGAAGGCUUCGGUAUCCGUAUCAACAAGAGCCCGCCAAACAUCGUGCUUAAGAAGAAAGACAAGGGUGGUAUCAAUAUCACCUCGACGGUCCCCCUGACGCACAUCGACCACGAUGAGAUCAAGGCUGUCAUGAGCGAAUACCGCAUGGCGAACGCCGACAUUGCCAUACGAUGCGACGCGACCGUCGACGACCUCAUCGACAUUAUUGAGGCGAAGAGCCGAAGCUACAUUCCUGUGAUAUACGCGCUCAACAAGAUUGACGCCAUCUCGAUCGAAGAAUUGGACCUCAUCUACCGAAUUCCCAACGCCUGUCCCAUCAGUUCCGAGCACGGUUGGAACAUCGACGAACUGUUGGAGCAGAUGUGGGAGAAGCUCACCUUGUGCCGUGUUUACACCAAGCCCAAGGGCAGGAUGCCUGAUUACAGCGCGCCUGUUGUGUUGAGGUCCACUGCCUGCACAGUCGAAGACUUCUGCCACUCCAUCCACAAAACCAUCGUGGAACAGUUCAAGCACGCUAUUGUGUAUGGCAAAUCGGUCAAGCAUCAGCCCCAGCGUGUCGGCUUGUCUCAUGAGCUUGCCGACGAAGACAUCGUCACCAUCGUCAAGAAGUAA